AUGCUGCUGCAGUGUGUUCUGACUGGAAAGGCUCAGGAGGCCUACUCUGCUUUAAGUGUAUCAGAAAGUAGGGUUUAUGACACAGUGAAGGCAGCGGUGUUAAAAGUGUAUGAACUGGUGUCAGAGGCAUAUCGCCAGCGUUUCAGAUCUAGGAAGAGACUGGAUAAUCAGACCUACACUGAAUUGGCCCGUGAUUUGACUUCCCAAUGUGAUGGAGUUGAGGUGUAUGAGCAUGGGAGACUGUGUUGGCUGCAGAUUGCCACUAAAAACAAGGUAUACCUAUUUGAUAUCCUGUUACUUGGAGCCCGAGCCUUUAAGAACGGUCUCUCCAUGAUCCUGGAAAGUAAGCACAUACUAAAGGUCAUUCAUGAUUGCAGAGCAAUUGCUGGAUGUCUGAAUACCCAGUUUGGAGUAAAGUUAACCAACGUCUUUGACACACAGGUGGCAGAUGUCAUGUGCUUCUACUCAGAGACGGGAGGUUUCCUCCCCGAUAGAGUCAGUACUCUCCAGGAGGUGGUGAGUCUCCAUCUGAAGGUACCCUCCUCUCAGCUCUUAUCCCUGAAGAUGAAGUCACAACUCACCAAGGAGGAAAUGGAGAUGUGGUACAAACGUCCGUGUCCCAUACCCCUGCUGAAGGUGAUGGCUUUAUCAGUGAUCCACCUGCAGCCACUCAGACUGGUGCUGUUGGAUGCUCUGAUGACUGACUACAUGGCGCUGGUGGAUUCCUACCUCAACAGCAGCCACUACGCGCCUGAUGAAUUGGGGCACGUAAGCAUGGAAAGUGUGUUGGAGUUGCCCAGAGAGCUCCGGCAGCUGGAGCAGAUGCGUUGUGAGCGCCAGGAGUGGGCUGCCGACCAAUACCCUGUCACUGAGAAGGGUUUGCUGGCUCGCUUCUAUCCCAGAACCAAUAAGACUCCAUCUCACACCUCGCCUGCAGGAGAUGCACAGCCAGACUCCUUUGAACCUGCAACUGUGGAGUCACCUUCAUCAACACAAGUGGACUCUCGCCUUCAACGGCCACCCACGAGGCCCUCGAGGGUCACUGAUGUUUCCUCUGCCCAGUCUGUGGAUGCCCCAACAACUCAGGAUCCAGUCCCUGCCACUGAGUCAGACCUCAGUAAAGAAGUGUCUGGCCUGUCUCUGGGUGUAGGCAGAGGACGCACAGAGGUAGUGAUGGAAACAGUAGGUAGAGGAAGGUCCUUUGGGAAAGAGCAGUCAUGCAUUCAGACCUUGCCUGCCAUAGGAAGAGGCUUUCUUCUCCAAAUACCACCAGCUCAGAUCCCCAUAGAGCGCGAUAGAGACAUGAAAGUUCCUGGUAGGAUGGAAGUGGGUCCUUAA